AUGAAGAGGGUGAUCAAAAAGUCGUUGUCGGACAAGCAAAAAGUUGUCGGAGGACAACCAAAGGUCGCCAGAGGAUGGCUGAGAGGCGAUCGAGAUAUCGCUGAAGGACAACCAAAACGUCGUCAGAGGGCUGUUGGGACAAGUCAAAAGGUCGUCGGAGGACUGUUGGGACAAGCCAAAACAUCGUCGAAGGGCGACCGAAAGGUCAUUAAUUAA